UCCUCCCCAGGACCCGGGGCAACCUGUGAAGUAACACCACAGCUCAUUACACACCAAGUCUCUCUCAUCCCAUAGAUCACACUUGAUGCCGGACAAGUGUUGGAAUGAAUCCGCUGGGUAUAUAUAUGUGUGUGUGUGUGUGUGUGUGAGUGGAGCGGUACAGAUGCCAAAGCAGCCUUUUCCUAAGACCUCUUGCGCACUUACUGUGGAGGACAGAAACCACGCUGGACACUGUUUAGUGCCCGGCUCAUCAAUCCAGACUUUUGUUUGUUAGGGUGGAGCUGCAGGCUUCUACAGUCGCAACACUUUCCCUGCAUUUGAACCUUAUAUUCUAGGCCAUGGGGGAACAAAACAAAAUGUUAUCCCGUCCCAUUUUCCGCCGAGACGUGGGCUGGGAUCCUUUCCCCAACUGGACGCAGCCGAGUCGAAUCUUUGCUCAGGAUUUUGGGCUCCCUCCCUUCCUGGAUUCCGGUGAUCUGGACUGGAUAGACUGGUCCAAGAAGAGACUGGCAUCGUUCUCCUGGCCCGGGUACACACAAUCGGCCCUUCUGCCUCCGUUCGGUGGUCAGCGCCCUCCGGGGUUGAACCAAAAGGGUCCGAGGCAACGGGCAAGCGGAGUGUCAGAGAUCCAGACGGCGCAGGACAGCUGGAAGAUAAACCUGGACGUCAAUCACUUCUCACCUGAGGAAAUUACGAUCACCACCAAAGAGGGUUAUUUGCAAAUAUCAGGAAAUCAUGAAGAAAAGCAAGAUGAGCAUGGAUCUGUUUCAAGGUGCUUCACCCGGAAAUACAAGCUGCCGAUGGGGGUGGACUUGCAACACAUCAGCUCUUCGCUGUCCGGUGACGGUGUUCUGUCCGUGGAGGCCCCCGCCCCGGGGACAUCCGUCAGCAACCCACCCAAUGAGAUUGUGAUACCCGUUCAGAUCAGACGGACGCAGGACGGUGAGAAGUGAAACCAGCAAGCCACAGUUUCAAACUACAAUCAAAUGCUGCCCAAGUUGUCCAUCGGGAAUUUAGCAGCACUGAUGUUAAAAACAACUAAACUAGUCCGUUGCUUUGUUUUCACGCUAUAAAACACUGACAUUGGAAUGUUAUUAGUACAAAAUCAGCUCACAAUUACAUUUGGUUUCCCAACCAAAUACACAUGUAUCAACAUAAUACAGAAUCAACUCGGAAUAUCAUUUUGCUUGUCAUUGCCUCUAAAUGGAUUAGCACGACCUUGUACUCCUAACAAGAUACCAUCGAGUUUUUUGAUAUUCUAAUAUGUGAAAUACAAGCUAGCAACUGUAUUUACCUUACAUGACAUAUGGGACUAUUCACUAUUCGGUACAGGCCAAGAAUAGACCGUGGAAAUGGACUAUUUAUAUCCAACAGCUUUUUCACUUCAUAACAAACGUGUGUACGUCAUGUUGUGCUUGUAUGUAACAUGGCAAGAUAAUUCAAAACUGAUAUUAUGUAUUUGUUUACUUGUGACAAAAAGAAGGAAAUGCCGUAAAAGCUGAAGCAUGGAUUCAUUUUGUGUGUUUGUUGUGAACGUUGAUGUGUUGAUUAUCAGAAUAUGGAUGUUGUUUGGAUAUAUCUGCCACAAAUGUAUCAAACAGCUCUCGCCUGUAUUAAUUAAACUUUUUUUAAUCUG